AUGUUUCGCGUCGAGAGUCCCUCCUCAUUCGCAGAUGGAGUAAAGCGAGACGGCCGACGCAAGCGCAGAACGCCUGCAGACGAGUCGACUUCCCGUCGUCCGUCCUCAGACUCGGCAAUGACCACUGGCAACGAUCUCUCUGGAAUUUCGUCCAAUAGCGCAGCACGUCGAUCUCUAACAAGGAGCCCCCUCGAUGAAUAUGUCGUUAACUUUAUCGGGUGGUACCUCUCUCGCUCCACUCAAUUGUCUGAAUGCUGGGACGACCACGCGAUGGUCCUUGGUUUCAGUACCGUCUCCUGCGCUCAGAGGCACCCCGAUAUUAAAGGGCUUUUGGUCCCACUGCAAGAUAUGAUCCGCGACGCCACACCCGACUCUGCAGUUAUACUCACUUGUCAGGCCAUUGGCAACGCGUUCCUGACCAGCAAAGUCAGCAGCGUAGAGGCUUGGUCCAAGCGGAGAGCAGCGUACGGAAGGGCGUUGACCGCUACCAAUGCAGCCCUCCAAGACCCGAUCCUGCAAGUAGAAGAUCAGACCCUGGCAGCCGUCUGGCUGUUGGGAAUAUAUGAGCUCAUUGCAUCGCCAGCUGGAGGCUCUCCACCUAUAGGGUAUGCGCCGCAGAACCAUGGAUCCGAACCGUGGAUGGUGCACACCCAGGGAUUGGCAACCUUGUUGCGUCUACGGGGUACAUCUCAAUUUACCUCCCCAACAGCACGGGCGCUGUUCUGGCUUGUGUACAACACAGUGCAAAUUAGGUGCUUCAUCGCUGGCAUAGCAUCGCCUCCUGAAUCCACGACUUGGUUCCAGGUCUUGGAGCAGGACUUGAGGGUCCAAGAAUCGGCCACGUUCCGUAUCUGCGUCUAUGGCCAUCGGACGAGUACCCUCUGUGCCAAAGUCCGUCAAUUCCUGCUUCACGGCUCCAGUCGUUCUUCCAACACUGCAGCCGAGCUACUGGCUGAAGCGAAUCAGCUUGAGUUGGAGAUGAGACAAUCAUGGGAAGAUGAUGGCGAAGAAUUUGAUGCCGAGGGACCCAGGGAUGGCUAUAGUCUUCGCCAACUGGCUUGUCGAACAUUCUUCUACAGCUUCCGGCUCAAAUUCCAGCUAACUCUGGUGGAGCUGCUGAGCAAAGUUCGGGUCGAGACGCAUGAGUCUGAGUCCGCCCUACUGCAAAGCCAGCUGCAGCUCCGGAUCGCGAACGUACAGAAUGCUGCGGACGAGAUCCUCGCUUGUGUGUCGGUGGUGUUCUCGACAGAGGUCGCUCCAAGGACCACUGGCCGAUUGCGGCCGAGGCUGUGGACAGACGGAGUACGCAUGCUUUGGCCCUUGCGGUUGAUCGCGCUCUGGAGAGGUCCAAGGGAAGACCAGACAGUGGUUGCGAGGAAGUUACUUUAUCAAAUGAGAGAAGAGCUGGGCAUUCGACACGAUUCGGUUCCAGUGCUCCCCUCGGCGUCCUUGCUUGUGCCUGUGACCAGUUGA